GGGAACGGUGACGUCGAGGACAUCAUCGACCGCGUGGUGCUGGAGCAGUUCAUCGCUCGGCUUCCCAAGAGAACGGCCGAGUGGGUCCAGUGCCACCGCCCGACGUCGCUGGACUCAGCCAUCCAGCUGGCGGAAGACCAGAUGGUGGUGUGCCCCGGGGUUGGCGAACCCCUUCCGGCUGUCUCUCUCUCCUCUCAGGAGGCUGUUCCUCUCUCUCCCUCUUUUUUCUCUCCCUCUCCUCGUCCUGUCCCUGCUCCUAGGUCCCGUCCCCCCGGUCCACCACGAGUGCCGCCUCGACGACGGUUUCCCCAGCCCGGGGACUACACGAGCGGGUAUCGUGCUCUGCCCCGGGGAUUCCAGGACGGCCAUGGGUCCACCCUCUCUCCGCGCCCUUCGCAUGCUCCACUUCCCACCACUCGGGUGGCGGAGACGCCUGGGCCGGCCUGUUGGCGAUGCGGAGACCCGGACCAUUGGGUCGAUCGGUGCCCAGUGAUGGAAAUCGGGACGAUGGUCCGGGUUCCCGACACGCCGCAGGCUGCCCCCGGUCAGAAUGGAGGGUACCAAAUUCCUUAAGGGCGCGGGGAGACAAUAUAAACACCCGAGGAAGGCACAAUCGGGAGAGAGAGACGGACGAGACUCGGACUGCCACGUUACCAAACCUCUCGGGAGAGAACGGAGGACUUUCUUAGACGUGGAUCGUCUGAAACCAGGCUGAAGGAAAAGCCGUGGAUUUAUGUGCUGUUUACUUUAAUUUUUGUUGUUUCGUGUGGAAUAAAAGUUCGUGUCAGACUCGCCAACCUCGUCCUCUUCCUUCCUUACCCUAGCGAACCCGCUACAGUGAGAUUCAGCUCUUUUGAAAACAAAUAUUAUAAAGGUCUUCUAAAUUAAUUAUACACAUAAACAUUGCAACAAUUUAUAAUUAAGACACAAAUACAUCAAGACUCAGUGUAUGAACCUCAACAAUGGUAAGAAUAAACUGAGAAGCUUCAUGCGCAGUGCAUGCUGGGAGUCAUGAAUGAGUUUUAAACAGUGAUGUUACCCAGCAUGCAUUGCACCGUGAAGUUUUCAUUCUGCUGAUUGUUGAGUUUAAUAUGCUGAUUCUUGAUGUAUUUGUGUGUAAACAAUUUGUUCCAAUAAAUAUGUGCAUAAUGCAUUUAAAAGACCUUUGAAUUAUCUGAUUAUGUCAAACCAGCAGAAUCUCACUCUGUACUA